UUUUCCCACUGUUUACUAGCCCACAAUUAGAUGGACUUAGCCACACAAUUGAGUUAAUGGACCAUUCCGAAACUCAAAUUCCUCAAAAUCCAAACAUCAAUUCGUCUCCUUCUUCCCCUUCACUUCUUCUUCUUCCUCUGUUUGUCACUCUAGUAAAAUCCUUCAAGCUUCAAUGCUCUUUGCAUUAACCAGAAGAUUAAGAGCAAUAAACCCAUCAAUCAAAACACCCACUUUCAAUUUCACUUUCUCUCUCCUCCAUUCAACCCUCUCUCACUCUCUCUCCUUUGACCUUGACCAAACCCUUAAACCUCUCACUAAACCCCAACUCAAAACCCUGCUCUUCUCUCACUACAACAAUGGCAAAUUCUCCAAUCUCCUCCAAAACAUCGUCGCUUUACCCUCUGUUCUCUUCACAGCUUCCCAUAAUCUCACUCACCCAACUCGCUCAUUUCAACUCACUCUUGACUCGGUUUCGACUCGGUUCGACCUCUAUCAACUCGCUCGAGAACUUUCUAGCAAUGAAUUUGAUGUGGGAUCUUGCUGUUUCAAAUUGGGUUCUUCUCAAAGUAAAGGUAAAUCUCUUGUUUUGCCCAAUUUAAAGCUUAAAGUUGUGAUUGAAGCUUUGAGAAUGGUGCUUGAUUUAAUCUAUGAUGGUGGGUUUCCCACCUUUGUUUAUGGGGGUAGAGAGGGUUUAGGCCGGCAUACCGCGAUUCGAUACAUGAAAAACUCGGUUGAAAACCCUAAUUGGUGGUUUACUGUUGCAUUUGAUAGAGUUGUUUUUGAUUCUAGGCAUGUUAAUAGGUUGUGUUCUGUGUUAGGGGAUAGAAUUGAUGAUGUGAGAUUGAUUGGAUUGAUUGAGAAGUUGUUUGAGACCGAGGCGGCGAAAAUUGAAUUGGGUGGGUUUGAAUUAGGGAAAGGAUUGCCUCAAGAAUGUGGGUUGUGUGGGGUUUUGAUUAAUGUUUACUUGAAUGGUUUUGAUAAGAAGGUUCAGAAGAUUCGGCUUCGGAUGAAUGAGCAGAACCCUAAGUUUGAUGAUGAGGUGAGUGAUGGUGUUGUGUAUAAGCCUUUGAAGGUGUAUGCUGUUAGGUAUUUGGAUGAGGUGUUGUUGAUCACUUCCGGGUCGAAGGUGGUGGCUAUGGAUUUGUUGAAUUGGGUUGUUAAGCAUUUGGAAGGGGAGUUGGAGUUGAAGGUGGAUAAAUUGAGGACUGUUAUUCAUAGUGCUGUUUCAGAGAAAAUUGAUUUUUUGGGGAUGGAGUUUCGGGCUGUUACACCUUCUGUCCUUCGGCCUCCUCUCUCUGAGAAGGCCAAGAGGGCACGGUUGAAGUUUCGUAGGCAGAAGGAAGUUAGGUUGAUGGAGAUGAAAAAUGCAAGGGAAAGGAAUAGGAGAAUGUUGGGGAUGAAGAUAUUUAGCCAUGUAUUUGAUAAGUUGAAGAAUAGUAAUAACAGGUUUAAGUUUGAUUACCAGAUUGAGAAUGAAGUAAGAGAAAUUUUUAGCUCUUGGGCGGAUGAAGUAGUGCAGGAAUUCUUGGAGUCAGUGGAAGAGAGAUGGAGUUGGCAUCGAGAGCUUACUGCUGGUGAUUUUCUUUCGUUAAAAAGAAUUAGAGAUCAGCUGCCACAAGAGCUUGUUGAUGCCUAUGAUAAGUUUCAAAAGGAAGUUGACAAGCAUUUGAAUCCUGUGAAGGCUAGGAAGGCAUUAGAGGAAGAAAAAAGGAAAGAGGAAGAGGAAGAGGAGAGGAAAUACAGUGAGAGGACAGUCAAGGAUUUGACAAAACUCUGCAUGAAAAUCACGGCACCCAUUGAGCUGGUUAGAAAGGCAGUCAGGCUUGCAGGAUUUACCAAUGAUAUGGGUCGUCCUAGGCCGAUCAGCUUGCUGGCUGCCCUUGAAGAUGCUGAUAUCAUAAAGUGGUAUGCAGGGGUAGGAAGAAGAUGGCUCGAGUACUUUUGCUGCUGUCGUAACUUUGAAAUGGUGAAAACAGUUGUAUCCUAUCAUUUGAGAUUCUCCUGUCUCUUGACACUAGCAGAAAAACACGAUGCUACAAAAGCUGAAACCGUUAGGCAUUUUUCGAAGGAUUUGAAAGUUUCAGAUUUGGAUGGAAAUGAGGAAAUGUACUUUCCCUCUGAAAGGGAUGUAAAAAGAACAGGAGAUGGUCAUCUUUCAGAUCCAAAACCUGUUGAUAGUGCUCUAACCUUGAAUCUCAUCAGAUUAGCAUAUGAUGCGCCAUCUAUUACGUGUGCUGCUCAUUUUUGUGAAUGUAAUGAUACAAUUACUUACCGAGUUUUGCUACUGCAAAAUCGCACAAACAUUAAUCCAGGGGACCAAAAGAAAUGGGUUCCAGGAAUGGCUGCUAUCCAUGACAGUUUGGACAGGAGGUGUUUUGCUCUAUGUGCUUAUCAUGUUAGUGAUCUAUACUUGGGUAAGAUAACUCUACAAGAUAUUGACUGCACUUCUUUUGUUGAAGUUGAUUAAUUAAUCAUUCUGGUCCGGCUUUGCUCUUCUCUUGA